CUGGGGCUCAGCCUCAUGCUCCUCAAAUGGAUCGUGGUGGGCUCCGUCAAGGAGUACGUGCCCACCGACCUGGUGGACUCCAAGGGGAUGGGCCAGGACCCCUUCUUCCUCUCCAAGCCCAGCUCUUUCCCCAAGGCCAUGGAGACUACGACCGCGACCACUUCCACCACAUCCCCUGCUACCCCCUCCGCCGCCGGCGCCGCCUCCUCCAGGACGCCCAACCGGAUUAGUACCCGCCUGACCACCAUCACGCGAGCGCCCACUCGCUUCCCCGGGCACCGGGUGCCCAUCAGGGCCAGCCCGCGCUCCACCACAGCACGGAACACUGCGGCCCCCUCGACGGUCCUGUCCACCACGACCCCUUUCUUCAGUAGCAGCACGCCGGGCUCCCGGCCCCCGGUGCCAGGAACCCUCAGUACCCAGGCAAUGCCCUCCUGGCCCACUGCGGCAUACGCUACCUCCUCCUACCUUCAUGAUUCUACCCCCUCCUGGACCCUGUCUCCCUUCCAGGAUGCUGCCACCUCCUCCUCCUCUUCCUAUUCUUCCUCCUCUACCACCACCACACCAGAAACUAGCACCAGCCCCAGAUUUCACACCACGACGUAUUCCACGGAGCGGUCGGAGCACUUCAAACCCUGCCGAGACAAGGACCUCGCCUACUGCCUCAAUGACGGCGAGUGCUUCGUGAUCGAAACCCUGACCGGAUCCCACAAACACUGUCGGUGCAAAGAAGGCUACCAAGGAGUCCGUUGUGAUCAAUUUCUGCCGAAAACCGAUUCCAUCUUAUCGGAUCCAACAGACCACUUGGGGAUUGAAUUCAUGGAGAGUGAAGAAGUUUAUCAAAGGCAGGUGCUGUCAAUUUCAUGUAUCAUCUUUGGAAUUGUCAUCGUGGGCAUGUUCUGUGCAGCAUUCUACUUCAAAAGCAAGAAACAAGCUAAACAAAUCCAAGAGCAGCUCAAAGUGCCACAAAAUGGUAAAAACUACAGUCUCAAAGCAUCCAACACAAUGACAAAGUCAGAAAACUUGGUGAAGAGUCACGUCCAGCUGCAAAAUUAUUCAAAGGCGGAAAGGCAUCCUGUGACUGCAUUGGAGAAAAUGAUGGAGUCAAGUUUUGUCGGCCCCCAGUCAUUCCCUGAGGUCCCUUCUCCUGACAGAGGAAGCCAAUCUGUCAAACACCACAGGAGUCUCUCCUCUUGCUGUAGCCCAGGGCAAAGGAGUGGAAUGCUCCAUAGGAAUGCCUUCAGAAGGACACCCCCCUCACCUCGAAGUAGGCUGGGUGGAAUUGUGGGACCAGCAUAUCAGCAACUCGAAGAAUCAAGGAUCCCAGACCAGGAUACGAUACCUUGCCAAGGGUAUUCAUCUAAUGGUUUGAAAACCCAACAAAAUGCAUCAAUAAAUAUGCAACUGCCUUCAAGAGAGACAAACCCCUAUUUUAAUAGCUUGGAGCAAAAGGACCUGGUGGGCUAUUCAUCCACAAGGGCCAGUUCUGUGCCCAUCAUCCCUUCAGUGGGUCUUGAGGAAACCUGCAUGCAAAUGCCAGGGAUUUCUGAAGUCAAAAGCAUCAAAUGGUGCAAAAACACCUACUCAGCUGACAUGGUCAACGUGAGUAUUCCCGUCAGCGAUUGUCUUAUAGCAGAACAGCAAGAAGUGAAAAUAUUGCUAGAAACUGUCCAGGAGCAGAUCCGAAUUCUGACUGAUGCCAGGAGGUCAGAAGACUACGAACUGGCCAGCGUAGAGACCGAGGACAGUGCGAGUGAAAACACAGCCUUUCUCCCCCUGAGUCCCACGGCCAAAUCAGAACGAGAGGCACAAUUUGUCUUAAGGAAUGAAAUACAAAGAGACUCUGCACUGACCAAGUGACUUGAGAUGUAGGAAUCUGUGCAUUCUAGGCUUUGCUCAACAGGAAAGAAAGGAAAUUAAAUACAAAUUAUUUAUAUGCAUUAAUUUAAGAGCAUCUACUUAGAAGAAACCAAAUAGUCUAUCGCCCUCAUAUCAUAGUGUUUUUUAACAAAAUAUUUUUUUAAAGGGAAAGAAAUGUUUCAGGAGGGAUAAAGCUUACCACUGAAGCUUUUGGGUAGAAUUCCGAAUCCAAUUUCAGUUAGUCCCAACGCUGCCCUCUUUGGCUCUUAGAAGAUGUGGGUGAUUCGGAACCUUGGUCCCACAGUGCCAGUGUCCUCAUUAAAACAUACUGGCGGUUACCUGGUUUCAAAGAGACAAGAGCUGUCUUAGGAGGGCAGACGCGCCAGUGAGCAAGUGGCCCUUGCCAUUCGGCGUGUGAGUCCCAACCCUAAAUUUCUAUUCACCCAAUAGCCUCAUCACAGGUUAUGUCAUGUCAACAAAUGUGGUGUUUUCUAUUUGAUUUUUUAAGAAUGGCACAAAGACUCUGGAGCAGAAAGGAGGAUAAAAGCAGAGGGAGUGAUCGGGGGCAACCUGAACUACUCUUGUGUGUCAUCGUCCUCUGAAAUCUGAAAGCGCAGAAUCUCAGAGGAAGAUAGGAAAAUAUUACAGAAAAAGAGACAAAAAAAAAUCACAGUGUCAUGUCACUAAAAUCCUACUAAUAGAAAUGUUUUUCCUCGAGAUUUAGAGGCUCUGAAGGAGCGUUUCUCAGUUUGUGUGUGCCUGUGUGUACAUGUGUGUGCGAGUGUGCGUGCGUGAGGGCUUGCUCACUCGAGCACAUAUGCUGUAUGCACAUGUGUUCAUUGUGUGUGCGUGUGUGUGUGCAUGUGUGUGUGUAUUAAGCUUGCUAAACUUUGUUCGGAAACAUCAAGGAAUCUAAUAUUAAAAAAAAUUCCCUCUUAGGUAUCUGUUCACUUUAAAUUUUUCCACUAAGUAUGAAGUUCAGUUAGUAAGUUUAAAAUCAAGGUCACGUGCAUGGUGGGGUCCUCUAAAACUCUCGAUAAUGUCUAGAUCAUUUUCUGAUGUGAGUACUUUGGAGAGGGAUAGCUAUCGGCUCUUUAAUGAGAUUCGGUAGCACAUGGGAAGUUAAUUGAGGAUGUGUGUUAAUUUUGAAUCAUGCCUACUUAAAUUAUUUACACAAGGCAAUUAACAAAUUGACAGUUACCAUUUGCUUUCUCAUCAUCCUCAUUACUAUUUAUUUAAUAGCAAGUCUGCUACGUGUGGACCAAGGCAUUGGCUUCUGUAGUUAAUAUGGAAAGAAUAAAUUUGUUGAAAUCACAAAGCCCAGACUAUUCAGUUCACAAGAAGCCCCCCACCCCCCAAAGAACAGUAAAUUGUGUUGUAUGUUCAUUUGGAAUAAAGCAAUAUUUUUACCACUGCUAAGGUGAACUGAAACCUCUCCUGAAGAUUCGUCUGUUUAUUUACCCUCACUUUCAUGGGGCGUACAAGGAAAUUAGUGUUCACAUACCCAGUCUUCUUCCAAUUAUUGGUGGUGUUGAGUUGUUAUGUUUACACUGUUUUAAAUAAAAAGGCACAGUAUUUGAAAGUAU